AAAACAAAAAACCGCUUGAAUGUACAACAUGAUGGAAAGCGAGCUGAAGCCUCCCGCCCCCCAGGCGACUCCGGGGGGAGGCACGGGGGGGAACAGCAACGCCGGGGGGGCCAACAGCCAGAAGAACAGCCCCGACCGGGUCAAGAGACCCAUGAACGCUUUCAUGGUCUGGUCCCGAGGCCAACGGAGGAAGAUGGCCCAGGAGAACCCCAAGAUGCACAACUCGGAGAUCAGCAAGCGCCUGGGGGCCGAGUGGAAACUUUUAUCCGAGGCGGAGAAGAGACCCUUCAUCGACGAGGCCAAGCGGCUGCGCGCCUUGCACAUGAAGGAACACCCGGAUUAUAAAUACAGGCCCCGGCGGAAAACCAAGACUUUGAUGAAGAAGGAUAAGUACACGCUUCCCGGCGGGCUGCUGGCCCCGGGCUCCAACUCCAUGGGCACGGGAGUCGGCGUGGGGGCUCCGCUGGGUGCGGCCGGCGUCAACCAGCGGAUGGACAGCUACGCGCACAUGAACGGCUGGACCAACGGCGGCUACGGCAUGAUGCAGGAGCAGCUCGGCUACCCGCAGCACCCGGGGCUCAAUGCCCACAACGCGGCCGCCGCCGCCGCCGCCGCCGCCCAGAUGCAGCCCAUGCACCGUUACGACGUCAGCGCCCUGCAGUACAACUCCAUGGCCGGCUCGCAGACGUACAUGAACGGCUCGCCCACCUACAGCACCAUGUCCUACACGCAGCAAGCCACCCCGGGCAUGGGGCUGAGCUCCAUGGGCUCGGGGGUCAAGACGGAGUCCAGCUCCAGCCCGCCCGUGGUCACGUCCUCUUCCCACUCCAGAGCCCCCUGUCAAGGCGGAGACCUCCGGGAUAUGAUCAGCAUGUACCUGCCCGGAGCCGACGUCGCGGAGCCGGCCGCCCCCAGCAGACUGCACAUGUCGCAGCAUUACCAGAACGCACCUGUGCCAGGAGCGGCGAUAAACGGCACGCUGCCUCUGUCCCACAUGUAAGACCCAGGGGGCGGCGCGGGAGGGGGGCUCUGCAGGAAGGAGAGCGAGAAAAAACCCCAACCAAGCAAGACAAACUUUUCUUA